GGGGCGGGCUUUCCGCUAAACCCAGCGGUAGGCUGAUGCACUAUCGAUCACUCGGAAAAAGUCUGGAGGGGGGAGGAUAGAUUUCCGUACGGAGGACGAUCGCGUAGUGUGUGUGUGAAUGCAUGCGUGUGUACCUAUGGUGUGGAUUGAUCUUCGCCUCGCGCUCGUUCUCGCGCUCGGACUGACCGUUUUGUAAAAAGAACAGCACCCGCGUGCUCUCUCUCUCUCUCUCUCUCUCUCUCUCUCUCUCUCUCUCUCUCUCUCUCUCUCUCUCUCUCUAUUCGGGACCGCAAACUCAGUUGCGCUACUCCGAUUGUUUGUUCGGUGUGUUUUCGGGGCGCGGACGGUGAGAAGCGGCGACUGAAUGCGAGCGCGCGUGAAGGAGUGAAGUUGGAGCAGGACGGAAAAGCGGAGCUCCGGUUUGUUGACGCGCGGAGUCUCCGGGUCGCUCCCCAUCGCGCGCUGGAUGGAUGGGCAUGGGGCAAACGGGAUCUUACUACCGCGGGGCUGAGCGCCUUCUCACCGCCUCUCUACUGCUCCUGAUCACCCUUUCACUCCUGCUCCACUCUGGUGAAAGUCAGGUCCAGACUCCACAGUGCCGUAUCCAGAAGUGCACCACAGACUUCGUUUCGCUCACAUCUCACCUGAACCCGUCUCUGGAUGGCUUUGACACUGAGUUUUGUAAGGCGCUGCGGGCUUACUCGGGCUGCACACACCGCACCGCCAAAAGCUGCAGGGGCAACCUGGUUUUCCACUCGGCCAUGCUGGGCAUUAGUGACCUCAUGAGCCAGAGGAACUGCUCCAAAGACGGACCCACGUCCUCCACGCACCCGGCCGUUUCUAUCGAGCCCUGCAACUACCACAGCCGCUUCCAUCAUCACCAGGCUGCACCCACCGCCACAGGCACAAGGGUUCCCGGUGCACCUGAGCACGCACGACCCAACUACCUAUUCUGUGGUCUGUUUGGAGACCCGCACCUUCGGACUUUUAAAGACCAGUUUCAGACGUGUAAGGUGGAAGGGGCGUGGCCUCUUAUUGAUAAUAAUUACCUUUCAGUGCAGGUAACGAAUGUGCCAGUGGUGCAGGGAUCAAGUGCCACGGCAACAAACAAGAUCACUGUCAUUUUCAAACCGUAUCAGGAGUGCACAGAGCAGAAGGUGUACCAGGCGGUGACGGAUGAUUUGCCAGCGGCGUUCGUUGACGGCACAGUCGUAGGUGGCACAAGUGAGACACGCAGCCUUGUGGUGUUGGAAAAGCUCGCAGGUCGUCAUGUGGAGCUGCAUGCCGCCUACAUUGGCGUAACAGUGGUGGUACGCCAGCUGGGCCGCUACCUUACGCUGGCCGUACGCAUGCCCCAUGAGCUUGCUAUGGCUUAUGAUGACACUCAGGACCUGCAGCUGUGCGUGAACGGCUGCCCUGCCUCAGAACGCAUCGAGCUGCCUGCGCUUGGCCUCCAGCAUGGAGCCGCUCCCUCUCUGCCUGCUCUUUCUCCAGCUCAGCAGGCCUUCAGCCUCGAGAGUGCCUCCAGGAAGUGCAGUGAGCAUCUGCAGGUCCAGGACAUCUAUUUCCACUCUUGUGUCUUUGACCUGCUCACCACUGGCGAUGCCAACUUCACCGCUGCCGCUUACAGCGCUCUCAAGGACGUGGAAGCGCUGCACCCUGAGAGGGAUCGCUGGCACAUUUUCCCUCCCUCCACAGCUGGGUUAAGACUGACAGCAGCCCUGAAUGCACUUCUCGCUUGCUUAUUCGCCGCUGCACUUUUGUAAACAGCGCGGCCAGGACUGACUCAACUUUCAUAAUAAAAUUCACGGAAGCACGAGGAGACUUUGUAAACAAUCAGAGCAUUACAUGUAAAUAUGUUGUGUAGACGGAGGAGACAAGAGACGCUCCUUCGUAUGACUGUAAAUUUGUGUACAUGCCAUUUUCAGGAGAGCUGAGGUGCUCGGUGAAUUUUUUUAUGUGUGUGAAAUUUUUUGUGACUUUUGUUUUGGUGUCGUCCUUGCGAGAGGAAGUCUGAAUGGAAGCACUUUAUUUUUUACUUUGUUGCGACUACAGAACAGUGUUCCACAGAACCGCAGAGCUCAAUAGUCUCGGAUAGCUUGUCUUUUUAAUACCCGCAGGCUUUUUCAAACCUUUUCCUUGUGUCUGUAUGUAGAUAGGACUUGCCUCACCAUGGUUCUCCACAGAACAAGUGACAGUCGGUUAUUUCAAGAGUGCAGUUAUUAGUACAGUAGUAAAUAGUAACGUGCCUACAGUUUGUAACACAACUGCAGUAUCUGUCUAGAAAUCAUUUGUAGUCUAGAGCUCAAUAUUGUUGUUGGACUUUUGUGUAAGUGUGGCAUGAAAAUAUGAAGAAUUCAAACCAACACAGCAGACAUGGGUUGAAGUAAACAGGGAUCUUAUAAGGAACUGUUCAGUAGUCUGUUAUCCAUCCUACAGACCAAAUGUCAUUUCAUUUGCAUUUAAUUCUGUCCUGCAUUUCAUCAGUUACAAAUCAGAAUAUCUUUGUAUCCGGCACGACUGAGUACAGACGGCCAAACCUUUUAUAGCCAGGCACGUAUUUUGUACAUUCAGUCUGAUUUAAUUAACCUUUUCCUCUCAGUGCAGUAAUGGUUAGGAAUUAAACACACUGAAGAAACUGGAUUGCUAAAAUGAGUCACGUUUCGGUUCCAUGUGAGUUGAUGGAACUGCAGCUUCUCCUUUAGCCACUCUUGGCUCACUCUUGAUGGCCUUUUCUUUAGCCAAUUUAUUGCUAAACAAGAUAGACUUUCAAUUACAAAAUAUCUAUUGUUCAGUAUAAUGUCCUCCAACCAAAGAUUUUGUGUCAUUCUGCUGUUCUUCAUAAGAGAUAAUUCAUUUUGCCAUUAAGGAUAGUCACUGUGAUUGGCAUUUCCUUAUUUCCUGAUUAGCAUGUGAAGUGCUGGACAUUACAGUAUGCUUCAUGUGCUGACAUAAUGCUGUAAAACCUUCUUUGCCAGGAUUUAUAGCCUUGUAGUAUUUAAGAAUACAGGCUUUUUUUAAAUCUCUCCAGAAGAUGCUUUUUGGACUUUCUUAACAUGUCUUUCUGUAACAAAGCUCACUCUGCUUAGCGUUUUCAUUUAUCUGGAAAUGCCACCAACGCUUAUUCUUUUUACUCUGAAUCCCUUACAGUGCAUCCUAAUUGAAUCAACACUCCCACCCUAAAAAGACUUGCUACUGUAGACUCACAUUUGUACGUUCAUUUGUUUGCAACUACUGCCAGUGCUGAAGAGCUGCUAACAUACUGUGACUAGGUUUUAUUAGGAACACUGGGAUUUUCAGUGAUUGGCCAAAUCCUUGGUGAUGAUUUAUUGGCCAAAUCCAAUAUAGGCUUUAUUUCGCCAUAUAAUAGAAAAGACCAGAGCAAAGCAUCUGAGUGCAAUUAACUGCAAAGAUAAGCCUUCAUCCUGUGUUUUUGCUUUGUUGCGUUUGAUCUUGUGAUUUUUUUUGAGUGAAAUCUGUUUUUUUUUUGUUUUGUUUUUUUGUGAAGAGUGACUGCUCAAUGUUUAUACUUAAAUUAUUUAUGAAAUAUAGUGUAUUGUUAGAGAAGGUCCAUAUUCUUGCUGUUUGGAGUAAAAAAAUAACAUUUCAGACGUGAUUGUACUGCCACCUAGUGGACCACCGUUGUUACAUCAGUGUUUUAGUAUUGUUGUGGAUGCAGCGACUGAAAACGAGGAGGAAAAUAAUGUGUUUUAUUUAAAAACAUUAAAAGAAAAUACAUACA